GCAAGGAAGUCGGAAAGCCGCACCGAAAAGAAGUCCGAGCCCAAGCCCAAAAAUAUUGGGAAGCCCUUUCUUAUGAAGACCGAUUAAAAGAAGUAAUUAGAAGUAGAAAUGCCAAACAAGUCGGAUGGGGUGGAAAAUUUCAAGACUUAACCGCCGAGCAAAUUGCUGCUCAAAACGAGGUGCCGAGUGGAAUUAGGCAGGAAUUUGAAUUAAAAGAUUGCCACCGUGAUUGUCAAGACUGCCGUUUAGAUAGAGAUUUUCAUAACUCAACUGGUAAUGCUAUUAACCUUUCAACAAAUGAAAAUGUUAAUAUAAUAUUAAGAGAAAAAGAAAUUGAAUUACAAAGGCUUGAGAGAGAGGAAAAUAAAGACUAUAAAAGGAUAUUUGAAUUAAAACAAGAAAUUAACUCUCUAAAAAAUCAGCUACGAAAUAAUUCCUUUUCUAAAGAGUAUUGA